GAGAGGGCGACAGUGUUCAGUCCCUACCAUCGGUACAGCAGGGGAACCUUUGCUCAGUGAGUCGAACAUUUUACUGCGGCGGACCAACAUGGCCGCUCUCAGGAAGGGGGCAGGCUACCUUAGUUUCUUCAGGAGUUCUGCUCGUGUCCUGUUCAGCUGCAAGAAACCUGCAGUGAAUAGACUGGGGAGAUGGACAAAUGUUCUGUACAAAAGUAUAGCGUCUUUAACCAUCGGCGGUGGGCUGUGUGCUGUACCUUUCAAACAGGUUGACAACCUCUCUCAUGACUCUCUGAUCAGACGAGCAGCCUCUCUGGUAACAGACAGUUCAAGCACGUUUCUGUCACAGACCACCUUGGCCCUUAUAGAUGCCAUCACGGAGUACUCAAAAGCUGUGCACACACUUAAUGCCCUCCAAAGACGAUAUCUGGCAUCGCUGGGAAAAAUGAGUCCAGCAGAAGAGGAUUCAGUCUGGCAGGUGAUCAUUAGCCAGCGUGCAGAGGUUAAUGACAGACAAGAUGAAUGCAAGCGUUUCGAGUCGACCUGGGUCAGCGCAGUCAGGAUGUGUGAAACAGCAGCUGAGGCAGCGUACACAUCAGGAGCUGAGCAUGCUUCCAUCACCGUGAGGACAAACAUUCAGGUGGCUCAGGCGCAGGUAGAGGAGGCACGGAAACUGUCAGCAGAUGCAGAUAAGAAGUUGGCCGAGACCAAAGUAAUGGAGAUUGAAAGGAUGGCGCAGUAUGCUGCCUCCUCACAGGAUAACAAUGAUGAGGAAGAGGUGCCCGAUGCUUAUCUGAGAGAAGACUGAAGCAGAUACACAGAGGUAUCAGAAAACAGAGGAAAGCAUAAGAAAGGAUUGAUACACUUUCAAAGUGAAUAUUAUUAUUUUAUCAUCCCUACAAUGUCUUCUUUCAUUCUGAGUCUGCGUUUGGCUUUGGGAUUGUCAUGUCUCAUCUGUAGUAGAUUGUGUGCAAAUCUAUGUGCACAAAUUCGCUCAUAAACUGGGAAAGUGUGUCACAAAAUGAAGACACAUGUCUCCAUAUUAAGGGUUUGGUCAUUUAAGACUGUUUAUUUGUUUACUGAUUAUCAACUGCUUCUGCAGCAUAGAAGAUUAUGUUUUCUCUCCACUGUUUAUUGUGUUGUGACCCAACCAGCAUCAGAUUUUUUGUGUUAUGUUUUGUCUGAAUUCAUUGUAAUAAAGACAAGACACAGUAUAAAAACCUAAAA